AUGAAGAAGAAACCUAAUACUAAGCCAAGAGCAGCAUCUAACAAAUGUACAAAAAAAGUAACAAAUAAAGAAGAAUACAAUAAUUCUGCUCGUGCACCACUUGAUCUUUCAAAUUAUCCAAGACCCUUACAUGAUAUUAAUCCAGCAUUAAUUUAUAAUUCAGAGUAUAUCCAAGCACCAGCAUUAUUUUAUGAACAUGGAUCUGCAACAUUCAGAAACUUGAAUAUGCCAGAACCAUAUAGAAGUUUGUCACAAGUAACUACAAUAUCAAUAGAUAAUAUAUUAGACUCACAUUCUUUAAUGAGUUAUGAUUUAAUAAAUAAUAAUCAAGAUCAAGAAUCUUUCAUAACUCAACAAAAUUUCUGUAAAGAAAAGAUUUCCAGACCAAAUGCACCAUCUCAAUAUACUUCAUCCUUACUAGCAACUUAUCAUGAUAUGCCAAAUACACCAUCUUAA